AUGUCCGCUGUUUCGCUGCCGCAGCCGUCGAGUUCUACAAAACUAUACGCGACUGCAAAGCGGGACUGGGUUAUUCCAGCUAGGGCCAGGCCAGGAAGGAAGCCAAAAGUGCCCGUAGACGACGCUGAAUACGAUCAAGAUGACGUUUCUGAAAAGGGCAAAAAGACACAGAACAGAGCAGCACAAAGGGCAUUCAGAGAGCGAAGGCAAACUCAACUCUCAGACCUCCAAGCCCGCCUGCAGCAGUAUGAGCAGGGAGAGGUCGAACGCAAUGUAGCACUCCAACAACUCGGCAAGCGUCUCAAAGAGGAAAAUGAUAUGCUGAGAGAGGAGAAUGCACGACUAAGGGCUGAAAACGACGAGCUCAAGAGUCGGGUCGAGGCCUUUGUCAGAGCCGAUGCCGCGGCUGAACAUCGCCCUGCGUCCACUCGUCGAACAUCCAAACGAAAUCGCGCUGCAGUAUCACCACCUUUGAGAAAUCGAGUCAAACGCCUCAAGGUGGAACACUCACCACAGGCGCACCCACUCUCCCUGGACACCACUUCGGCUGCAUCUUCAACGUCAAGCAACCACAUCUCGUCACCUUCAGUACCUAUAUUUGAUGAAGAUGACGUUGACAUGGUGGUACCUAGAGGAUACAAUCCCGCAGAGGAUAACAUUGGAGGUCAAGGAAAAGAAUUCCAGUCGUGUGGCAUGUGCACCAGCUCCAUCGAUUGUCUUUGUCGCCAGCUGGGAAUCAACACGGGAUCACAAAUCCCGACUGUCGAGAGCGGAACCGCAGAAACCCUUUCCAUCCUCGACGAUCUUCCUCCCUACCAGCCACCUGUCCCACUUCGACAUCGUGUCAAGGGACCGUCUUUCCCUGUAUCCGACUCCAAGCUGACUGCAUCCACGUCGCACCCCAAGUCUGAAAGGAGACCAGGAGGGUGCACCGGAGACCCUUCCGACUGCACGGCAUGUGCGGACAACGCAUUCGGAAAAGCAUUCUGCUCUGCUUUAGGUACCUCUGCCUGCGGCUCUGCAUCUUGUACUGUCUGUCGCUCACGAGGGACUUCGACCUCUGCCGACGUGAGCGGACACGCCAGUGGCACAAACACACCGCUCACCCUGAAUCCACUCCUCACUCAGUGCUGCGGUAGACCUGGUAAAUGCAGCGGCGGGGCAUGUUCGAUGCCUGAUGGGAUCAACGGCAAGAUGAAGGAUAUUGACCUUGGUUCACCGUCCGCCGCAAUGGAAGUCGAUACUGACAUGCCAUCAGACGUGGCAAACACCGUACCAUGCGACGUCGUGUGGAAGACACUAGAGGCGCAUCCGAAUGCCCAUCUUGUCAAUCCGAAUAUGGGGCCAUCACAUCUCGCCAACCUUAACCUGCUCGCAGACGUUGUAGCACGUCGGAGCCGUUGUACUCUCGCUCCUGGAGAGCCUACCCCCGAGCCAGAAGAUUUCCCAGCAAGACCUCGCCUUCGAGACACUAUCCUCGAGGAAGCAGACAAACCGAACAACGCCGCGACAUCGCGUGUGCAAAUAGAUUACGAGGAAGAGGAAACCAGCAGACCUUUAUUGGGUCGAACUCUCGUCCCACGAAAUAUCCUCCAGGGUCAUCAACGGAUUGUGGCCGUUCCACGCGAAGGGGUGCGCGAUGCAAUUGCACUUUUGGAUCGCCAGUUUGGAUGCACGUGA